UCUCAUGCAAUCCGUUUGGAAGACUGCCGUGAACACGACGCUAAACUGACUUAAAUAAUAAAAACACCUUAAUGGGAUGUGAAAAAUAAAUUCUUUCUUAUUCCAGUUUGAAGAAUAUGCUCAUGCCGUGAUUAUAUCCUCGGUGAUUUGCUUGGUCUUUAAAGAAGAUUGUUCGUGAUGGAUAACAACAGACAAAGGCACAGAUGGGAUUGCUCGUGGAUUGUUCUCCGGAUUUCUUUGCUAAUGUGUCUUGGGAACAAGAUUACGGCUCAGAUAAGGUACUCUAUUCCGGAAGAAUUGAAAGAAGGAUAUAUUGUGGGCAAUAUCGCUAAGGAUUUAGGGCUUGAUAUUAGUAUGUUGGUGAACAGACGGCUUCGUAUUGUGUCCGGUUCUGAUAGUGCUCUUUUCCACUUAAACCAGAACAAUGGCGUUUUGUAUACCCAUAAGAAAAUCGACAGAGAGGAAAUAUGUUCUGCAAUUAACCCUUGCGUAAUAAAUUUGAAAAUAGUCGUUGAAGACCCUCUUGAGAUUCAUUACAUAGGGGUGGAAAUUACAGAUGUAAAUGACCAUUCUCCAAUGUUUACGGAAAAAGAGAAACGUCUUGAAAUAGCAGAAUCAACUGUUCAAAAUACCCGUUUUCAGCUGCAAGCCGCUCGUGACCCUGACAAUGGAGAGAACUCUGUUCGAUUAUACAAAUUAAGCCAAAACGAACAUUUUGAUGUGGAAAUAAGGGACAGGGGAGAAGAUAAGCUUCCGUUUUUGGUUUUACAGAAGCCACUCGAUCGUGAGCGCAGAGCAGAACAUAAUUUAAUCUUAACUGCAUUCGAUGGAGGAAGCCCACAUAGGUCAGGUACACUCAACAUAACAGUUAUUGUUCUUGACGUUAAUGACAAUCGUCCUAUAUUUAGUCAAGACGUAUAUACGACAACACUGAAAGAAAACACACCCAUUGGAACAUUGGUGUUGAAAUUACAGGCAAAUGAUAAUGAUGACGGUGUAAAUGGGGAAGUGUCUUUUGUUUUCGGGGGUGACAAAAAACAAAACGCCUUCGAUAUUUUUGUUUUAGAUAACGUAACGGGUGAAAUUCGAGUAAAGGGCGAAGUAGAUUUUGAACAGACUAACAUUUACAAACUAGAUAUUCAAGCCUCAGACGGUGGUCAGCCUCCUUUGACCACUGAUUGCAGAGUUAUCAUAAAGAUACUAGAUGUAAAUGACAAUCAACCGUGCAUAGAGGUUACUUCAUUGUCCAACAUAGUUCCUGAGGAUACCAGACCUGGAACUGUAAUAUCGCUAAUUAGUUUUAGUGACAGAGACACUGGUGCAAAUGGGAAGGUCAAGAGCGCUAUAUCGGAAAUCGUACCAUUUGAAUUAAAACCAUCAAUUCAGGAGAACAUCUACUCAUUAGUGAUUAAAGAACAACUGGACCGAGAGAUAGUUUCAUAUUAUGACAUAACGAUUACAGCCACAGACCUAGGGCAGCCUCCUUUAUUCACCACUAAAACACUGAGCGUGCAAAUUUCAGAUGUGAAUGAUAAUAAGCCAGUAUUUACCCAAAACCCUGUUGAACUGUAUGUAUUUGAAAAUAAUUUUCCAGGUGCUUCUAUAUUUUGUAUCAGCGCAUCUGAUAGCGAUGUAAAUGAAAACGCUUUAAUAUCUUAUAAUAUUCUCAGAGGGGGGAAUAAACCCAAUGACAUAGCAUCGUUCCUUAACAUUCAUUCGGAAACAGGUGUUAUACAAGCACUAAAACCCUUUGACUUCGAAACUACAAAAACGUUCCAGUUCCACGUGCUCGCUACAGAUUCUGGAACUCCGUCACUAAGCAGCAACGUCACAGUGAACGUCUUCAUUCUGGAUCAGAACGACAACGCUCCAGUGAUCUUAUAUCCAGUCAGUGCUAACGGUUCUGCUGAAGGUGUGGAGGAGAUUCCCCGCAAUGUCAACGCAGGACAUUUGGUGACUAAAGUAAGAGCCUAUGACGCGGAUGUAGGAUACAACGGCUGGUUAUUAUUUUCACUGCAGGAAGUGAGUGACCACAGUCUCUUUGCUUUGGACCGCUAUACAGGACAGAUAAGGACCCUUCGCUCAUUCACAGAAACAGAUGAUGCUGAACAUAAACUGGUCAUACUGGUCAAAGACAAUGGAAAUGUUUCGUUUUCAGCAACAGCCACUGUGAUUAUCAAACUUGUUGAGCCAAAAGAGGCUUUUGCAGCUUCUGAUGUUAACAACGCAGUAAAAGAAGAGAAAGAAAACAGCGUUACAUUUUAUUUGAUCAUUACAUUGGGUUCGGUUUCAUUUCUUUUCAUCAUCAGUAUCAUCGUGCUGAUUGUAAUGCAGUGCUCCAAAUCUACAGACUAUUCCUCCAAGUAUUUGCAAGAUACAAAUUAUGACGGGACACUGUGUCACAGCAUCCAGUACAGAUCCGGAGAUAAACGCUACAUGUUAGUUGGACCAAGAACGAGUAUCGGUUCUACUCUAGUUCCAAGAAGUAAUACGAAUACUCUAGUGAUACCAGAUCGCAGGAGGAGAACGUCUGGUGAGGUAAGAAAGAAAUGUUAUAUAUAA